AUGGGCUGGUUCUGGGGCUCGAACGACGAGGACCCAGUCAAGAAGCUUGACCCGGGUCUUCGCAAAUACCUCGAGAACGAAGCUCCAAAGAAAUAUGUCCCGGGCUCGCCGGCGGCCGAAGAACAAGUCCAACAGCCUAAAGCCUCAUCAUCCGAGCCUGAUGCCUCGUCCACAGCUCCCGCCGCCCCCUCACAGUCCCUCUACCCCGACGGUCGUUAUGCCGAUUUAUGGAAAACCUACAAACCGCCCGCAGCUGACGAAGUCGGACCGGAAACAUCGGGGGUGCCAGCGAUGAAGGCGCAGAACAAACAGCGCCAUGGGAUGCUGAAGCGCGCGGCGAUGGAGAACUGUUCGAUCGAGAAUGAAACAUACCACCUGUGCUUGCAAAGCCCGACUAUGGGUGAACGACUUACGGCCUGUCAGGAGAAGAGCAGGGCAUUCACCCGUUGUUAUGCGACCCAAUCUAAAUUCUUGCAGGCAUUGGGAUACGCGGCUUCAAGACAGUGGGAUGACGAGCGGGAGGAACGGAUCCAGCUCCAUGCCGACAAACUUUACCACCAGAUGCUUGACUACGAGAACCAGGUCGAGGAAGCUAAGGAGGCCGGCCGAGAGCCCCCACCACUUACCUCUCUCUUCAACUCCCAAGCAAAACCAGUCGAGCCUGCCAGCGUUGGCCCUGCGGAGCUAGAGAUCCCCGGAGGAGAACCGAUCCCAGAAGGCUUUAAACCGUCGAAAUCGCUGGAUCGGCUGACACCCCACGAGCGGGAAUUGGAGCUCCGCGCCCACUAUGCAAACUUGGAACAACAAAAGGCGUAUAUGGAGGAUUUAUCAUCAGUUUUCCGGACGAACGACGAGGGAAAGGAUAAACGAAGGGAAAAACUGGUUAGUUGGUUUGGUGAGACCGUGGGCAAUUGGAUGACGCGGUGA